GUGUGAAAUGAGAUUGAAGAGAGUGAGUGUGAAUGCAUAUCUAAAUGUUUAUUUUUGGGCUUAUAAAUAGAACAGCUCCCUUUGCCUUUCCUAUACAUCUGCUAGCUCAUCAUCUCUGUAUCUUUUCCUUCCCCUUAUUCUAUCUGCUUUGUUUGGCUUCGAAUUUUAUCCGACCCUUCCUUUUUUGUCUCUGACUCUCUCUCUAGUCUUAAUAAGGGAAUACUCAUCCACAUAGUACUAGUUUUCUUUGUUGGUUGACAAUAUCAUCUAAGCUUAUUUGGUAUAACAACUCUAUAAACAUACAUAUAUAUGGAUACCAAGAAAAAACAAGCAGGGGAUUCUUCUUCAUCAACCAUGAAUUUUGAUCAUCUUUUUGGUCCCAAGGACUCCUCGACUACUUCAUCUUCCUCCGCCAGCCUCUUUGGCUCCAUGUUUUCGCCACCACCACCUGUUGGGAGAAGAGAAUCAAGAACACAAGUAGUGGGCAGCAGAAACUUCAGUGCACCAGGAACUCACAGAAGCAAUACUAAUAAAGGUGAAAGCAACAGUCGCAUAAUCUGUAACAAGAAUUAUCAGAAUGAGAUGGUGGAGGCUCAGCCUAGCUACUUCAGCUCUUCUAUCUACUAUGGUGGUCAAGAAAAUUAUUCCCCCAGAACCACCCAACCCCACCAGCAUGUUUUCAAGAAAGAUACGGAAGAUGGUGAUCCCAAUGGUAAUGACUCAAGCAGCGCUUCAAGAGGGAACUGGUGGGAAGGUUCCCUUUAUUAUUGACAUCACCACACCAUAUAUGUUAAAAAAAACUCAGCAUCCCACGGACAGGACGAAAAGCUCAUGCUGCUUCUUUGGAAAUAAAUAAGUUAAGGUAAAAUAUGUAUCCUGCGAGUGUAGUACAUGGAGUCAACCAGCCAGUCAAACCGCAACAGUUGCAUGGAGCCAAAACUUUUUUGUGCUUUGUAUAAUUUAUGAAAACUUUUAUAUUUGGAUAACCAACCUUUAAGUUUAAGACUUCUGUUUUAUAUCAAUGAUGUGAUCCUCUUCUAUACAUAUGUACUCUCUGUAAUUUGGGGCAAGCAUCCCUCCUGUAGUUUAGGUUAUUGCUAUGACUAGUGAUAAUAAUACUUCUUGCUUUCUUUUGAGUGUGCUCAUGCAUGUGUGUGUAUUCUUAUGUAAUUAAUGCUUGUAAAUGACUUUCCUUUAUUAA